AUGUUAAUUUUAAAAGGUGAUGAUCAAAACACGUCAAUUCCAGAAGGUGAUAAUCAAAGCAUGUCAAUUUUAGAAGAAAAUACUUUAGAAGAAUCUGAAUUUGAAUCUGAAAUAAAUACAGAUUAUUCAAAUAAAGCAUAUGGUGAUUUAAUGGCAUUAGUUAUAAACUAUAAACUUAACCCUUUACCUCAAGUUGAAAGACCAAAGAAACUUUCACCUAAAAAACGUCAUUAUCUUGAUCAGCUUAUCUUAAUAAAAAAUUCUCAACAUAUACUAAGCUUGCAAAUAUUUUAA